CGUGGCGGUCCCCUCAUAGUCCUCUUAUGUUUUUUCCACAUCAGUGUGAAAUAUUAAACUAAAUAUAAAUAUGCGUGUUUAUCCACAACUUCUGAAUUGCGUCGGGUGUUUUACGGAAUUUAGUGUGUGUGUGUAAAGGUAUCAGAAACACGCCGUCGCGAUGACUUGCAAGUUAAGUGGGCUGUUCAGCAUCGCCGAAGAUUUCGAUGAUGAGGACCUGCUUGAGACAGAGUGGAUUGUCUCCUCAGCAUCCAAACCAGCCGGUGUGAUGACUGGUGCAGGGUCUCCCUGUGCGCUGCGUGCUUCCUCUGUCGCUCAAAGACACAUGGAGAAAAACUGCCUCGAGCAAACUGGACAGAGAUCACCUGUGGUCUGUAACGGCACUACAGCAAGGAGCAGUGUGCUCGCACAACCUGCCGCUGUCGAAGUCAGACAGCUCUCCGUCUCGCCCCACCCUCCUGCCCUGAGGGGCUCUGACUCAAAAUUGGCACCACAACAGAGUCGUGUUAGUGCUGGAGGGCCACAGAAGCCCUCCUCUGUUCCAAAGGACGAUUUUGACGACUGGGAUAUUGACCUGGCUGAACUGGAAGAGUGCGACCGCCAGGUAGGACAGUCACUUCAGCCCCCUGUUCCGUUCCCAUCGUCAGCCCUAUUCGGGUCUGCUUCUUCAGAAAAAAAGUCGCCAGCGUGUGGCGCUGCUCUCACAUUAUGUGGUGGAAGUCUGAGUGAGCCCAGUGCUGCAGACCACUCGUUUGGAUCAUCUCAUCUUAAACUGCCUUCUCGUACCUUUUCCACUGUGCAGUCCCCGAGUUCCUGCCCUAUUGUUCCGUCGCGUCCUCAGCAAAGUCCCGUCAUUUUCCGUGGGCUUACUGCCACCACUCCCACUUCCUGUUCAAAAAGUCACCAGCAGCCACAGAGACCAUGGGCAACUCCAGGGCCCUGUCAUCAGAGCCGAGGCCUUUUUGAGACUGUUUCCCCAGCGGCGGCAGCAGCAGCGUCCUCCGCUCUGAGCUCCCCCAGCCUCACCUGCCGCCCCCUCCACAUGCCGGUCCUCACCAAUCGCCUGGUGCAGUUGGUGUCUGCCUCUACUAAGCUUCCCAGGAAGAGGCCAUGCUCUGACUGUGAUCAGCCGAGAACCCGUCGCUUCCCCGGCCCCGCCGGGCUCCUGCCACAGCAGCCGCAGGGCCAGAGUCUGGAUGACAUCAUCGUGUCUGUUCCUCAGACUCCUGCUCAUGGUGCUGUGGCCCGAUUGCCAAGCCAGGGUCCGAGCUCACAAUCUGAGGAAUACGAGUUCAGCGGUGGUGCUUGGGCGGCAAUGAAGGCAGAAAUGGGAUUGGAUGAAAGGAACCCUUCCUGCUUCCUGUAUUCCUAUAGUGUGGUCAUGGUGCUACGUAAGGCUGCACUGAAACAACUGUCAAAAAACAAAGUUCCCAACAUGGCUGUGGUCCUGAAGAGCAUCGUCCACACUCACACUGAUGCCAAGGCUGUAUUUAAAGACCCGACAGGAGAGAUUCAGGGGACGGUACACCGGCGCCUCCUGGAGGACAGACUAGAGGAUCUAAAGGUUGGAGCUGUACUGCUGCUCAAACAGGUGGGUGUGUUUUCACCAUCCCACCGUAACCACUACCUAAACGUGACGACCAACAACCUGCUGAAGAUCUACGCUCCUGACGGAGUGCGUUUAACUUCGAAUCAGCUCCCUCUGCUGGUGCUGGAGCCAGAGCUUCAGUCAACCAGCACCUUCCAGGAGCCCGUAUCUCGAAUGCAGCUGGAGUUUGACGAUGAUGAAGGCCAAGGCCAAGAAGACGUCUCACAAAAAACACAAGCUGACCCCGGAGGUGCCCACGAACAUGCUGGGAAACCAGCACCACAGGACACGGGCUGGGAUGCAGAUGAUGACCUGGAUGAACUUCUCGGAGAGUUACCCAUGGACACAUACAGCCUCUGACACAAACUUAGCAUCAGGUUGUCUGCAGUCAGCGUAGCCUGAACCCCCCCCCCCCCCCCCCC